AUGAUGUGUAGUCGAGGACAUUGGAGACCUGCAGAGGAUGAGAAGCUUCGAGAACUCGUUGAACAGUUUGGUCCUCAUAAUUGGAACGCCAUAGCUCAGAAGCUCUCUGGUCGAUCUGGUAAAAGUUGUAGAUUAAGAUGGUUUAAUCAGCUGGAUCCUAGAAUUAACCGAAACCCUUUCACGGAGGAUGAAGAAGAAAGGCUUUUAGCGUCUCAUCGGAUUCAUGGGAACAGAUGGUCCGUGAUCGCUAGAUUUUUCCCUGGUCGAACCGAUAACGCCGUUAAAAACCAUUGGCACGUCAUCAUGGCUCGUCGUGGCCGAGAAUUGUCCAAGCUACGUCCACGUGGCCCUGGCAAUGAUGGCACUGCGACCGCGAUGGUUGGUUAUGAUGGCUGCGAUAAGAAGAAAAGAUUGGCAACCGCAACCGCAACCGCUAUUAAUUAUCCUUAUCAAUUCUCUAAUAUGAAUCAUUUUCAGUUCCUCAAAGAGUUCUUGAGCGGAAAAAUCGGGUUUUGCAAUAAUACUACUCCAAUCAAUGAAGGAGCGAUAGACCAAACCAAAAGACCAAUGGAGUUCUACAAUUUUCUCCAAGUCAAGACGGAUUCAAAGAAACCCGACGUGAUAGACAAUGCAAAACAAUACGAAGAAGAUAUUGUUGAUGAAGACAACCACAAUCACAACGAGAAUUGUGUUCCCUUUAUCGACUUUUUAUCUGUUGGAAACUCUGCCUCUCAGGGGUUAUGUUAAUUAGUUCAUAACACAUGUAGUAUAAAGUGAAUCAUCUGUUAAUGACAUGUAUAACUUACUAAUCAGUCAGAGCUCUUGUUUGAGCCAAAUGUUAAC